GUUACAAUUCCCUUCUAUACUCAGAGGUCAUUACUACUCAGACUUUUCUGGUAAUUAUAAUUACUUCUCCAUUUUCUUUAUAAUUUUGUCACCUGGGAAUUCUCUUGAACAAUAUAUUUUAGUAUUGCCUGCUUUUGAAUGUUUUGAAAAUGAAUUCAUACAGUAAAUACAAUUUUGUCUUUGGUUUCUUGUAUUCACCAUCAUGUUUGUGAGAUUCCCAUUGUUUCAUAUGACUGUAGUUUGUAAAUUUGUGUUGCUUUAUAGUACUCACAUUGUUGAUUGGUAGUUUUAUUGCUGUCUAGUACACCACAAUUCACUGAACUGUCCUGUUGAUGGACACUUGGGCUGUUUCCAGCUUUUUGUUCUCAUGAACAAUAUAGCUAAGAACAUUCUUGUAACGUCUCUGGAUACACUUGAGCAAUAUUUUCUCUAGGGUUUUCGUCAUUACGCAUGAAAACGCCACCUUAAGCUUACGUCGCCUGUGAAUACUCAAGGGAAAAAAACAUCCCGACAACCAAUUGCUAGGCGACGGACGCUAAGCACCUCCUCCCCGCGGACUCCAGCACCCGCCUUUUCCCGAAGUCGCAACACGCAGGCGCGCCCCGGCUCGCACACCACGCACGGAAGUGCGCCUGCGCCAGGAGACGCCCCGCCCAGCCCCUGGCCGACUAUAAAGUGUCGAGCUUCUCCUCGCGACUUAGUGCUCAUGCUCGCUGCAGGGGUCGGAGGUCAGGGCGAGCGUCUCGCAGGCCGUAGGAGGAAGAUGGCGGUGGAGUCGCGCGUUACCCAGGAGGAAAUUAAGAAGGAGCCAGAGAAACCGAUCGACCGCGAGAAGACAUGCCCACUGUUGCUACGGGUCUUCACCACCAAUAACGGCCGCCACCACCGAAUGGACGAGUUCUCCCGGGGAAAUGUACCGUCCAGCGAGUUGCAGAUCUACACUUGGAUGGAUGCAACCUUGAAAGAACUGACAAGCUUAGUAAAAGAAGUCUACCCAGAAGCUAGAAAGAAGGGCACUCACUUCAAUUUUGCAAUCGUUUUUACAGAUGUUAAAAGACCUGGCUAUCGAGUUAAGGAGAUUGGCAGCACCAUGUCUGGCAGAAAGGGGACUGAUGAUUCCAUGACCCUGCAGUCGCAGAAGUUCCAGAUAGGAGAUUACUUGGACAUAGCAAUUACCCCUCCAAAUCGGGCACCACCUCCUUCAGGGCGCAUGAGACCAUAUUAAAUUCUAUUUACUAUUUCUUGAAUUUAUUUUUCCGUCAGUUAUGUAAAAUAAACGUACUCUUGUUCCUCCCCUGAUUAUUGCCAUUAAGCCUUUAAAUUCUAAACAAAUUAUAAUGCAUCAUCUAUUUAGGAAUUAGAUUUGGAUGUGCUAUUGUAUGAUUACUAAUAGUCUGUAUGUUUCAAGCCCUUCUGUAAAAUAUGAAGAAAAGUGCUCUUAGCAUUCUGUGUAAAACUGUACUGUUAAAUAUAUGUGUGUAAUCAG